GUGUUCUGGAUGUGUUCUAAACACGACUCCGCCUUGAAUGAAUAUUUCAUUAUCCAGUUCACCUGUGGGCACCUGUCCCUCACACCCUGGCUUGGCGUCACAGUCAAACGGUGUUCACAUCUGCAUUUCUUUUUACAUUUUAUUUAUUUUCUAUUCUGGGAAGUGUUAGACUUCACUACACAUGGAUGGAGACACACACACGUUGUGAAUGAUCACUGUUGUAUUUACGUUUUACUUGUUUAAUGUGAACUCUGUCACUGUUCUACUUACGCCUGAUGACCUGUGCUCUGAUCUGAUUGUUUAACGAGAGCCGUCAUGUCCACACCGAGUGUCAAAGCUAAUCCCAGAGUGAACGUGGAGCUGCAGCAGCGCCUGCCCUCUCCUUCCAGAAGGCAUCUCAGCAACAUCAGCCAGCGAGUCAUCAACCCUGACAGACCAGGAAUCAGCCUGAGCCUGGACCUGGACCACACUGACCGGCCUCAGGCCCCUCAGCACCUCCAGGAGCCUCUGACCUCCUGCUCCCCUUCACCUCUGGUUCAGAGGUCAUCUGUCUCUCCUGUUUCACCCCAGUCGCACAGGAGAUCUGUCUCUCCAUUGUCCUCCAGGCCUCCAGGAGUUGCAGGGGAGAUGGAGACAGACUUCUCUACCACUAGAGGCCCUUCUCCUUGGGCAGACAGCUGUGGUGAUGCCCCUGAUGGAGGUGGAGCAUCCAGAAGUCCUGGUAGUCCAACCUUCAGAAGACACCCGGUCACUGCUGACAACAGUCUUCACCAGGACAUCAUGUUGGCUCGAGUUCAGAGUUUCGAUCGAGACAAAAACAUCUCCUUUCUACUGAAGGAGCUCGAUGCCUUGAGGGAAGUGAACAAGAAGCUGCAGGAUCAGCUAGUGCAGAAGGAGACAGACCUGCAGCGGAGGGAAGUGGAGGAGGAACUGAGGGAGGAGCUGAGGGAGGCCCGAGGCUGGGAGAGACCUGCAGCGGUGUUGGAGGAGGUACUGGCAGCUCAGAAGGACCGAGACCAGGCUCUGAUGUCACGACUCCUGCUGGCCAAUGAGGAGCGAGAUGAGGCGGUGUUGCGUUUGCGCCGACUGCACCAGGCCACUGAGACGGAGAAUCUGAAGCUGGAGGAAUCUGACAUGGACAUAGAUGAGCUCCUUCAGUGCGUUUGUGAUGCUGACUCUGUCCAGGAAGUUGAACGGUUUGGUUCAUUUUUGGUUCAGCGUUUUCGGGUGGCAAGGCAACGACGAAGUGACAUCACUACUCAGGAGAUGAAGGCCGUGAUGGAGGAGAGAGACGGAUCUGUGGCCAAGUGUAAACGCCUGGAGCAGGAUCUGAUGCAGGAGCGAGAGCAGAGGCCGAUCCAGGCCGAGCUGCUGAGGCUGCAGAGAGAGAGAGACAGAGCGUUGGAGGACCGGCGGCAGCUGGAGGCGGAGCUACAGGCUCUACGAGCCAAUUACAGCUGUCAGGCCCUCCUCACCCCUCCUCCUUUGCUGCCCAGUGAGGGUGUCUCUCCGACUCAUCAGGCCCCGCCCCUGCAGGUCCAGCUGCAGCAGCUGUCAAAGGAGAAGCAGAGCGUGGAAGUGGAGCUUCAACUCUGCCGGGAGGCAGAGCGAGAGGCCUGCGAGAGAGUCCACAGGUUGGAGCGUCUGGUCGAAGUGUUGAGGAAGAAGGUCGGGACAGGAAGCCUCCGAGCCGUUGUCUGAUCAUCUGAUUUUAUUUUCAGUUUUCUGUUUUCAUCCAUUUUACUGUUGAUUUUUUCCCAUAUUUCAUUAAAAACAUCUGCGCUCAUGCAGCCGAUGGACAUUGGUGUUGUAUGUUUCUGCUGUUAUGAACCUAGACGGUGUUUUCUCUUGUGUUUAUAACUACUGUAAACCCACAGCGUUCUUCAUGGCCUUAAAGUUUUUUGACUUUGUUUCCGUAUUUUGUGUUCAGUUGUAAUCAUUAAAUAUUUCCAAUAAGAUGGAUCAGCUUCUGUUGUUUGUAUUUUGGAGUAAACAUGGCUAAGUGAAUUCUUUUUUCUUUAUUUGGUUUUGGCAUGAGGUGAAAUAAAGCAG